AUGGAGAUCCUCUUCCUCUUAAUCUGGAUUUUUGGAAGUUACACAACACAUGUCAAUUCUAUCACGGUCCCCACCGCUGCCUCUACCACAUAUACUACCAACUCAGAGGAGCAGCUCUACACAGCCUUGACUGGCAACUAUGGCGAGCGGGUUCGACCUCUUGCCGAUUCCUCACAGCCUAUCAACAUUUCCAUCACUUUUAACUUGGUGAAGAUAGUUCAAAUGAACGAACCCAUGCAACAGCUUCAAAUUGCAGGUGCCCUGUGCCUGUCAUGGACCGACUACAAACUCGAAUGGAUACCGCGGAACUAUAAUUUUCUUACUUACAUUUCGCUACCAACCACCCAAAUAUGGAUACCAGACAUUGGACAGUCAGACAGUUUGGUCGGCGAUUACGAUUUAGCAGUCGUCCAAGAUUAUUACAAUGUCAUGGUGCACUUCAGCGGCUAUGUCUCGUGGAUGCCAGGAGGAACGUUCACAACAGCGUGCGCUUUCGACAUCACGUACUUUCCUUUUGACACACAAACUUGCUCCUUCACGUUCAAAUCCUGGACUCAGCUGUCCACUACCAUCCAGCUUGUGGCGUCUUCUGCGACAGCGAUGACGAACAGAUAUACCACCGAUGGCCAAUGGAAAUUGAACUCUGCAACCACGGAGAUCAAGACCGUUGAUAUAGGAACUUCGCCCGACGGGUCCACACUGUCGACGAUUUCGAUGGUAUUGACGAUGUCGUUGACGCGGAAGCAUACAUAUUACAUGGUGAACACAGUAGCCCCAUGUGUCCUGAUUUCCGUCCUUGUUCUGGUCGUGUUUUAUAUCCCACCGGAUGCAGGGGAGAAGAUCUCGUUCGGAAUAACCAUCCUGCUGGCGUUUUCGGUGUUCCAACUUAUCGUAGCCGACUCCUUACCGAAAUCUUCAGAGCACACAGCGGUAUUGAGUAUCUACCUAAUCUUCCUCAUGGCCAUGUCGACAUUCUCUGUCAUCAUGUCAGUCUUCAUCUUGAACGCACAUCACAUGUGCAUCGGAGAGGAGCGCCUUCCGCGUUGGGCACAGAAACUACUUUUUGGCUGCCUGGCAAAGAUCACCUGCUUCACAGGAGACGUCAAAGAUUUUUACUCAGAAUCGGAGAACCUCGUCGUGCCGUUGAAUGCCGAAUGCACAUCAACAGUCCAGACCAGUGGCGUCGGUGAUGACAUCAGCGCUUUCAACAUCACGGAUGUUGACAGUCACCACAGCAGGGGCGUAAAUAGCUUUGAGUCGCGGGGGUCAAAAGGCUUUCGGGGGGAGGGCAAGAUGACACUGUGGUUGACAGGUCAAAUUAUGUCAGGUCAAGGUCUGAAUGACACUGUGAUCAUGCAAAUAAUGGAGGCCAGCUGCCUGAUGCAAGCUGCAAGGCUGGUGAUCGCAACAACACGACCGUAA